AUGACCAACCUCCAUCGAGACCUUACAAUCUUCAAACUCAGUAACUGUUUGAUCUUUGUUUCCAGCCCCUGGUACCCAUAUCCAUUACCCGUGAAGCACGAGUGUCCAGCUCUUUGGCACGCCAUGAUUGCACAGGCAGUUGCAUACCGACAUUAUUCUGCUCCUGGAACGAGGUUCGGCAUCCACGCUCUAUUGUCGUACAACCGCAUGCCAAGGACGGUGAGAACCUGCAGGGCCAUGGAUGCAGAUCGAGGAGAAGGGGUUAAAAAACUGGAGCCGCCUACUACCGGACCGAAGUGCCACGUAAACCUGGAGAAGUCCCACAACCUUAAAUGGUCGACAAGACUACAGCUACUGAACAUGGAAUGGGCUCUUUCAUGGCCUAAUGAAUUGUGGUUAGCUAUUCAACAGUUCAGCUAUAUCACUUCUAUGUACGUCACAUAGAUCUGCACAGAAAAGCUGCACGGCAUAUAAUAUAGGAGGUCACAUGCCGCGUCAAAACCUGUAAAGCAAUGGUUUUCACGGUGUUACCAGGGCUUCAGUAGUCG